GACUUCCGUUUAGGCUCUGAAGAAGGUAACGAAUCGAACAAAGCAGGGUGCGGACCUGUUUGUUCAGCUGAAGGAGGCAUUGCAGGCCCUGUGGUGCUUGAAGGCCACUCUCCAUCAACUUUCUCCGGCCACUUAUUGGAAAACAAAUUACCAUGUCGCACAUUCAGAGGCAUGAUCAAGGCUUUGAGGGCCAGCUAGAGGAGGGGGUUCCUGCAGCUAAAGAGGCAGGCUCCUGGGAGAAGGUAGCUGCCUCAGAGAGUUCCCAGGAAACCGCCUCAUCCUCUGCUUCCACCCAAGCUUCUGCAUCAAGCAAAGCAAGCAAAGGUUCUGGUGGUCAAGCAGAGGGAGAUCAGAGUACCUCAAAUGCCUACCUCCGCUCCAAGCUUUUGCUCAACAGUAAGUUUCAGAAGAAGGUUACUGAUCUGGUGAAGUUUCUGAGUAUCAAGUAUAUAACAAAUGAGCCUGUCACAGAAGCAGAAAUUCAGAAGAGUGUUGGUAAGGAGCACAGGGGCUACUAUUCAUUGAUCUUCAAGCAUGCCUGUGAAUGCAUGGAAGUAGUCUUUGGCAUUGAAGUAAAGGAAGUGGAUGCCUUGAACCACACCUACCUGCUCCUGAAAAUCCUUGACCUCACCUAUGAUGGGCGGAUCAGCAAUGAAGAAGGGAUACCCAAGACCGGCCUCCUGGUGCUUGUCCUUGGUGUAAUCUUCAUGGAAGGCAACCGUGCCUCUGAGAAGAAGAUCUGGGAGGUGCUGAGUAUUGUUGGUGUGUAUCCUGACCAACAUGAUUUUAUCUGCGGGAAUCCCAGAAAGUUCAUCACUGAAGAUUUGGUGUUAGAGAAUUACCUGGUGUACCAACCUGUACCCCACAGUGAUCCUCCAACUUAUGAGUUCCUGUGGGGCCCAAGAGCCCAAGCUGAGACGAGCAAAAUGAAAGUCCUGAAGUUUUUCUGCAAGGUUGCCGGAAGUAACCCUGCUUCCUUCGCCGGUUUGUAUAAGGAAGCUCUGGAAGAUGAAGAGGAGAGAGCCCGAGCUCUACUUGCUUCCACAGCCAUUUCUACUGAAGUGGACAAUUCAGGUUCUGGGGACAAGCCCAGUGGUGUCUCCCACUCUGAGUAAUUAGGCUGGUUCUUCACACCAUGUUUAAAGAGAGCAAUCAAGCCUUCAAACAGAAUUAAUUUCUUUUUCCUUUCUGUACUCUUUCAGAUGUUUCUCUUUAAAAGGUUUGUUAGCUUUAGAGUCUAGAUUCAUUCGUUGGACUGCUCCCACAGUUGUUACUGAUUGCUGGAUUUCAGAAUAGGAACCUUACUGUUGUUAAAAGCAAAUUGAGAACAUUUUCAGCUUUGAGGCCUAGAGGAAGACCAGAUAGCAUUGGACUGAAUUUUCCUUAGAAAUGGCAGAGUAGUUAAAUGGUAUCACUAAGUCAAGAAAGGUGUAAAAAUAUGGUUAAUACUGGAAUUCCUGGAUUCUUUCAGUCUGCAUUGUGAAACUUAAGAUGUGGACCUCACUUACUUGGUUUAGUCAAGAUUGCACGAGAAAUUAAAGCUUAAUAAACUAUACUGACUUGU